AAUGUAAUUCAAAGAAUUUCUACAUCAAGCAGAAAUAUUUACAGUUAUAUUUGCGCUAGAAUUUGAUCAAUAAAUGAUGCAAGUCUCAAUCAUUACACUAUCACAUAAAAGUGGCUUUAAUUUUUUUUAUUAUAUAAAAUACUGCUAUUAUUUAAAAAUACUGUUUCUCACUCGUGUAAUUAAAGAGAAGCAAAGAGAGCAAAUAAGAAAACGAGGAAACGUUAAAUCGGAGAAACAAGAUAGGAAUAAUCACACAUUGCAUAAUCCGCGGGGUAAUCAAUAAUUGACGUAAUUGACGUCGCAUGCAACGAUCAAAGCUGCCGUGCGGGUGUCAGAGUUUCUACCCAUUUCUGCCGCUUCUGUGAUGAUGACUAUACCGUAUCACAUUCGCAUCGCGUGGCGUCAGCCGUCAGUCGGGUGUCCAGUCGAGUGUCGAGCAGUCUCGAGCCGCGGGUCGGCCAGUGCGUCAUAAAGUGUUUCUGUUUUCUUUUCAUAUUAUCGUCCAUUCUGAGACACGUAUAAAAUUGCCGGAUGUUUUUUAUGUGGACACAAUAGCGAGUGAUCUAUUGGUAGAGUGAAUCAUAGACCGCAAAUUACAAGUUUCAGUAAGUCUGCUAAUUACGAUCACAGAGUACCGUAGAGGCUUUGACAUUAAGUGUGGAUCUUUAUCCUUAACUGAAUUUGUAGUUCGCUUUUUAUCCAUUUUAUCUAUUAGUUUGCGGAUUUCUGUAAAUUCACGAGUUAACAAGUAUCGUGUACUAAGAUGUAAUUAAAACUCGAAAUUUGAAUAUUAGUCACGUAACGUUUAAUUACAAUAUGUUGCUAACAUUGCACAAAGUUUCAUGUAUAUACUUUUCUUUUUUAGCGUUAUUAUUGCAAGAUUAUCACCAAUUGUUCGAGAUGGAGUCAAACUUGUCCUCUUCGAUCUUAAUUGUCCUUUUAACCAAUUUUUUUACACUCUGCUUGUUAAUGCAAGAUGAACUUUAUGCAGAAGGCAGUUACUGCAAGCUGGAGGAUGGCAAAACGGGCGAAUGCAAGAAGAUACAAGACUGUCCGUCCAGAUUACAGGAAGUGUUAGAGGGUAGAAGAAGCUCGGAUUCGAAAGGGCGUUGUGGCUUCGAAAAUUUUACCGAAAUCGUCUGUUGCCCGUUCAACAUCACGCACAAGAUAGGCCUGCGACCGGCCGAGAUUGCAUGUCGGCAAUACGAGAACGAGAUCAGGAGAGAAAGUGAAGAGGAUGCGAGAAUAGUAGUGCAGGAAGACAAAGUGCAGUUCAAUAUAUUCGGUGGCACGGAAGCCGAACGCGGGGAAUUCCCGUACAUGGUCGCUCUGGGGUACGAGAACCAAGACGAGGACGACGACAACAAUACAGAGACUAUUAAAUACAAUUGCGGUGGCACUUUAAUCUCCUCGCAGUACGUACUGACCGCUGCUCAUUGCGUGAAUAACAUACAGGAGAAAGUGCCGGUCGAGGUGAGAGUCGGUAGCGAAGAUUUGAGGAGUGUUGGGGAUGCCCAGCGAAUCCCCAUAAGCAACGUGAUAACGCAUCCGCGAUACAAGCGCAGCGUCAAUUACAACGACGUGGCCAUUCUUAAGUUGAGGAAACCCGUGCGUAUGGACAAUAACGUGAGACCCAUCUGCAUGCAAACCAAAUCUCUGACCAGCAUGGACAUUACGCCGAACAUAUCACUGGUCGUGAUCGGUUGGGGUGCUACCACCUUCGCUGAAGAGAGCACGGUGAGGCUGAUGAAGACACCGAGUCUCAGCCUCGUAGAUAGGGAAACAUGCGGCAAGUCGUUCAAGGACUUCAACCAAUUGCCUAGUGGUUUAGACGAGAGCAUGCUCUGCAUGCUGGAUACCAACGAGACGAGGAGGGCGGACGCUUGUCAUGGAGACAGCGGUGGACCAUUGCUGAUGCUCUCCGGAGCGAAUCAAACCAUCGUGGGUAUCACGGCGUUUGGCCAGGCUUGUGGGGGACCUAUACCGGGAGUUUACACGGCGAUACAUUCCUAUCUGGAGUGGAUCGAGAAACAAGAGAUAAUAACGAAGUUCUUCGACACAUCAUCGGAGAUGAUCCUGAUAGUGCAACUGAAUCCAGCUGGUGUAUUGAUGCCGUUUCUCGAGAUACCAGCGACAGCUCGGGCAAAAGCAUCGUAUUUUAUAAAAAGGUACCCCGUCGAGGUCACGAACGAAAAUUACAGAGACGUUCUGAUACCCGGCGACAUGGCUCCAAAUCCCAUUGAGGAAUUGUCAGUCUUGGUCGAGGAGGCUUAUGUACCGAUAUUGUCGAACCCAAAAAAUCAUAAAGGUUGGCCACGCGUUAUCGGCGAAGACGUGAAGAAGCACGUUUAUGACCUUCGUAACAUAAUAUGCCAGGUUCAAGGUAAGAUGACAGGACAAACGUUGCUACCGAUGCCAAUGGACGUGGAACAGAUAUUCGAGGCCGAGUGGAAGGCGCAGGAAAGCGGGGGUAAUCAAGUCGGUAGUCGUUUGAAAAGCGAUAUAGAGACCAUCGUGAUGAAAUGGUAUUCGCAAAUCAGUGACGUACUUGAAGAGGAAAGCACGCAUGCUCUCCCGAGCGAUAUGUAUCCGCUACCGAGCGCGGAGAUCCGGUUCUGGCGCCAGCGACUCGUAAACGUCGAAUCCAUUUACAAUCAAAUGAGAGACCCUCGAGUGAAAAGGAUGGCUUCCAUUCUCGAAUUAACGAAGAGUCCUUACUCGUCACGUUUCAAGACUCUAUUGAAGGAUGUUAUUGCCGCGGUAAUCGAAGCUCGCGACGUGUGUUCCUAUCUGAAAGCACUGGAACCCUACUUCGAGGACAUCGAAAGUAUCGAAUUCAAAGAUGUACAACCCAAAUUGAAACCGUUGCUGCACUGCGUAUGCCUGAUGUGGUCUAAUUCGAAACAUUACUGCACGUCUUCGCGAAUAAUCACGUUAUUGUCUCAGAUAUCCAAUCUGUUGAUAACCGAGGCCACUAAAUACUUGGAUCAAAGUACCUUGUUCGUGGAUGACGUCGCGGAUAGUCUGAAACGUUUGGAGCACGUGACGAGCAUCUUGACGUAUUACAUGGAAAUAUUUGAAAUGGUUCGAACUAAACUGGAAAGUUACUUCAAGCAUCCGACCGAAGUGAUUCUAUGGAAUUUCGACGACGAGUUGGUGCUCGGAAGAAUAACGCGUUUUCUGGAACGUCUAGGACAAUUAAAGAUGUUGUUCGAAACUACUCAGGAAUACUUGAAACUGGAAAGGCUUGAACUCGCGGGUCUAAAAGGCGGAACCUUGUGUUCGAGAAUAUACGAUAUCUACGAAAAGUUUGUUCACAUGUACAACGAAUUCGCCGAGUUGCAAUACGAUAUCUUAAUGCCAGAAGAGACACGAUUCGUCGAUCGCGUUACCUCCUUUAUGGCGGAAGUGGAAAGGUUUGACAGAGAGCUGGCGAAUCUAUUCGAUCAGGCAUUCUCCGAGUGCCACAAUACGGAAAUCAUGUUCAAACUAAUAUGGAUCAUGGGUUCGAUGUCUAAUCGACCGAUCAUCAUGGCACAAUUAUGGCACAAUUACGAAAGACUGCUCGAGAGGAUUCACAGACAUUUUGAUGAUAUCAAAAUUAUAUUUGAUCGCAUCUACAAAGAUGGUAAGAAGACCGAGCGGAUCGAAACCGAUCAGUUUUUCCCGCGGGUCGCCGGCGCGUUGUGCACAUUGACACAAUUGCGACAACGGAUCGAUUAUCCGAUGCAAUGCGCGAAGUUACUCGAUCAUCCCUUGGUGAACCUGAGAAUAGCGCGCGAGACCAAGCCGAAGUAUGAUCAACUGCAGUCGCUCAUCGACGCAAUGGAACACGAGAUAUUUGCGGAUUGGGCCAGCAAGGUAGCCGACAUAAGCAACCUUCAUCUGUCGAAAACUUUGUUGACGGUACGUGAAAACCAACUACUCGACUUGAACUUUGAUCCGGAGUUGACCAGGCUGUUGCGAGAGACUCGUUACAUGAUCAUCAUGAAGAGGACGGACCUACCGGAGGAAGCAAUUCGGUUGUACCGCAGAACGCGGUACUUCUUCGAGAGUACCUACAAUCUCAACUUGAUUGUGCAAUGGUACAAUUGGAUAAGAGAACACAGUUUACCCGUAGAGUUUGAGCUGGUGAGACAGGAAAUGGAAGAGGUGGACGAACAGAUUCGCAUCGGUCAGCAGAACUACCAUUGGAAUUCUGCGGAGGUGCCGGAAUAUAUCGCUAAUUUGCUGAGCCUCCUGCGAAAAUUACACUCGCGGAUCCUUCGCGCUCAAGACAACGUUGCUGCAUUGCUGCAGACAAUUUACUCGUGGUCCCUGUCACCGGUGUUGGAGCGCAAGGAUUUUAAAGACGAGAACUUGCUCGCCCUGGCUGAACGCGAGGACAAUUUUCAAAAGAGAUACAGGCAGAUCGAGCGCGCCGUCGUGGAAUUGAAUCGAGUGUUAGAUGAGAAUUACAAGCUCUUCUUCGACCUGCUGCCCGAUUGGGUAUAUGAGAGGGAUGAAUAUGAGUUAGACGAAAGUAAUUUUUAUUAUUUUUCUCUCGUCCAGAAAAAGAUCGAUUUAGAGAAAGAGACAACGAUCGCGCGCGAUCAACCGAAGAAUGAAAAAGCCGAACAAGAUGAAUGGAUGAGAAUGAUGAGCAAAAUACCGGAAGUCGUGUUAACGGAUGAGGAAGUUGCUCGGAAUAUGAUUAAAUGGAAACCCUAUCUCGCUUAUGUCGAUAAUUUGAUAUCGAAAGCUCUGAUUCAAGCGGCUUCUACCAGCAUAUGUUACUUGCUCGACGAGACCGAUCCGGAGAGCAACGUGUCACCUCUUUUCGAGAUGCAACUGUCUCUCGAAGAACCGCACGUGCUCUUCCAUCCCGCGGUAGAUCCGGACGAUCCCACGGGAUUCUACGCGUUCUACGAAGGUUUGCUGCUCGACAUUAUGCGAAUGGGGACUUUAAUACCGCGGGUGGAUCCUGAUGUUGCAGCUGAACGCGAGCACUACGAGAUCUUCGAGCCGUUCUCAUGGCUGUGGUUGGACGACAAACAGCAAUAUCUGAACUCGUUUCUGCGUUUCGGCCGUGCGCUCAUGGACGAAGAGAAGCGUAUGCUGGUACAUGAGCCGGAAAGUUUGUCAGAAAGUCUGAAAGAGAGGAAACCAGGAUUGGCAGAUUUUAAAAGAGAGAUUGAUUAUUUCAUGGGGCUUUACAAGAAAUUUGACGAGUUUGAGAACGAAAAGAUAUUCUUACGUUGGUUGCGGCUAGACACGAGAGCCUUCAAGCAAGCUGUACUCAACGUGAUUUGCAAGUGGACCAAUUUAUUCAAGACACAUCUCGUGAAUCGUGUCAACAGCCAACUCAAAAGUCUCAGCGAAUUUUUGACAAAUGCUCUGAAGAAAUUUACACAGCCAAUUGCACCGGACGAUUACGAGGACUUGCUGAACACGAUAUAUUAUUUGAAGGAGGUUCGGGAUCGGCAGUAUCAGAUCGAUGAUAUGUGGGAACCUAUUAAGGCGACUAUAGACCUUCUCAAACAAUACCAAGUUAAAUUCGACGAGGAAACAUAUAUUUGGCUGGCGGAACUACCGGAGCAAUGGGCGACAGUUAAGAAAUGGGCCGCGCAAGUGAAGCAAGUCGUGAAUCCUCUGAUGGCACGACAGAUCGAGUUGUUGAAGAAGCGUCUCAAUUAUUACGAUUUCAAGCAACAGCAAUAUCUGACGCGUUUCCGCGAAAACGUUGUAUUCAGCUUCGAUUGUACAAACGUGUACGAAAAAUUGGACAAAAUAAACGAAGAAAUCCAAGAAUUGGAGGAGGAGUUAAAGGCGUUGCACGAUCAGACAAAUAUAUUCGAGCAACAGGUGACGGAAUUUAAACAAAUCAAGCUCGCUAGGAGAGAGGUGAGACUUCUGAAGAAUCUUUGGGAUUAUGUUUAUAUCAUUACGUCAAGCUUGGACGAAUGGAAGACAACGUUCUGGAAGAAGAUAGACGUCGAAGGGAUGGAGCAAGAAUGCAAAAAACUGAUCCGAGAAUUAAGACAACUAGACAAGGAAGCACGUGUUUGGGACUUGUACGCUCGCGUGGAAGCGCAACUGAAGAACAUGAUAUCGUCGUUAAGGGCAGUUUCGGAACUGCAAAAUCCCGCCAUUAGAGACAGACAUUGGCAAGAGCUCAUGGCUGAAACCCGCGUGAGAUUCACUAUGGACGAUAAAACUACUCUGGAAGACUUGUUGAAAUUAGAGCUGCACAGGUACGAGGAGGAAGUUAAGAACAUGGUGGACAAGGCGGUUAAGGAAAUGAGCAUGGAGAAGGUCCUCAAAGAACUGCACAACACGUGGAAUACUCUCGAAUUCGAUAAAGAGGUGCACGAGCGCACAAAGCUCAGCGUCUUGAAAAUAAGCGAGGAAACGAUCGAGAUGUUGGAAGAGAAUCAGGUGCAACUGCAGAAUAUGUUGGCCUCCAAGUACGUCACCUACUUCCUGGAUGAAGUGAUGGAUUGGCAACGAAAGCUUAGUAACGCGGAUGCCACGAUCAACGCCUGGUUUCAAGUCCAACGAGCCUGGAUGCAUCUGGAGAGCAUCUUUAUCGGCUCGGAAGACAUUAGAAGCCAGUUGCCAGAGGAGUCGAAGCGUUUCGAGAAGAUAGACAAGGAUUUCAAGGAUCUGUUGAAGGAAAUGUUGAGCAACUUGAACAUAAUCAAGUCGACGAACAAGCCGAAAAUUUUGGACCGCCUGGAGGAACUGGAGAAGCAACUGGACGUCUGUGAGAAAGCAUUGUCCGAUUAUCUGGAGACGAAGAGACUGAUCUAUCCACGAUUCUACUUUAUCUCAUCCGCGGAUUUACUCGACAUACUGAGCCACGGAAACAAUCCCGAAAUGGUUUGCAAGCACUUAUCCAAGUUGUACGACUCUCUGGCAAAGCUCAGGUGGAAAAUGGAAGGGGGAAAAGCGACGAAGCAGGCUAACGGCAUGAUAGCAAAGGACGGCGAGGAGAUGGUCAUGCAUGGAACAUGCGACUGCACUGGAAAGGUUGAGAUCUGGUUGGAUCACGUGACGGAGGCAAUGAGAAGAAGCGUCAGGCAUCGUUUCAGUCAGGCUGUCGCUUCGUACGACGAAAAGCCUCGCGAGCUUUGGAUCCUAGAUUUCGAGGCACAGCCAGCCCUAUGCGGCACGCAGAUCUGGUGGACUUCCGAGGUGAACAUGGCAUUCGCGAGACUCGAGGAGGGAUUCGAGAAUGCGCUCAAGGAUUAUCAGAAAAAACAGAUCGGCCAACUGAACACGCUAAUCGCGAUCCUGCGCGGCGAACUGAGCGAGAACGAUCGGCAGAAAAUCAUGACUAUUUGCACUAUCGAUGUGCAUGCGCGCGACGUUGUCGGAAAAUUAAUAUCCAUCAGGGCGGAGAACUCGUCCAACUUUCAGUGGGACGACAAAUCGGGAGACUGUUACGCCAACAUUUGCGACGCGUGUUUCACAUACGCUUACGAGUACUUGGGUAACGUGCCACGGCUGGUAAUUACGCCGUUGACGGACAGAUGCUACAUUACAUUGACGCAAUCGUUGCAUCUGAUAAUGGGCGGUGCACCGGCUGGGCCCGCAGGAACGGGCAAAACCGAGACAACUAAAGACCUCGGCAAAGCCCUUGGACAAAUGGUUUACGUCUUCAAUUGUUCCGAACAAAUGGAUUAUAAAUCGUGUGGCAACAUAUACAAGGGACUAGCGCAAACGGGUGCAUGGGGUUGCUUCGAUGAGUUCAACAGAAUUUCCGUCGAAGUGCUAUCGGUCGUAGCAGUACAAGUGAAAUGUGUCCUGGAGGGAGUAAGAAAUCGGAAAAAGAGAUUCCUCUUCUUCGGAGAGGAGCUUGAUAUCGUGGGUACAGUCGGUAUGUUUAUUACGAUGAAUCCUGGUUACGCCGGUAGAACGGAAUUACCGGAAAAUCUGAAAACAUUAUUUCGGCCCUGUGCUAUGGUGGUGCCCGACUUUGAGCUAAUUUGCGAGAUUAUGCUAGUGGCCGAGGGCUUCCAAGAGGCGCGAUUAUUAGCGAGAAAAUUUAUCACUCUGUACAUGUUAUGUCGAGAGCUUUUAUCCAAGCAAGACCACUACGACUGGGGUUUGAGGGCCAUCAAGUCCGUUUUAGUCGUUGCCGGAAAGUUAAAGCGCGAUGACAAGCAGAGACCGGAGGACCAGGUGCUGAUGAGGGCUCUGAGGGACUUUAACACGCCAAAAAUCAUCACUGAUGACGUGCCCGUAUUCAUGGGAUUAAUAGGAGAUUUGUUUCCCGCACUGGACGUGCCGCGAAAAAGAGACCUAGACUUCGAAAUGAUGAUCAGAGCCGCGGCUCUUGAUUUGAAGUUGCAACCAGACGAUGGCUUUAUUCUGAAGGUGGUGCAAUUGGAGGAGUUGUUUCACGUACGGCACUCGGUCUUUAUCGUCGGCCUUGCCGGCACCGGUAAAACCGAAGUCUGGAAAACGCUCAACCGAACGUACUCGGGCCAAAAACGUAAACCGUACUACAACGAUCUCAACCCAAAGGCGGUGACCAACGACGAGUUAUUUGGCGUCAUUAAUCCGGCAACGAGGGAAUGGAAAGACGGGUUGUUCUCCAUGAUAAUGAGGGAGCAAGCGAGCAUGGCUGGCGAUGGUCCGAAGUGGAUCGUGCUCGACGGUGACAUCGACCCGAUGUGGAUCGAAUCUCUCAACACGGUGAUGGACGACAACAAGGUAUUGACGCUCGCGAGCAACGAGAGAAUCGCCUUGACCAGGCAUAUGCGUCUGCUCUUUGAAAUUUCCAAUUUAAGGACUGCUACGCCAGCAACAGUGUCCCGAGCGGGGAUCCUGUACAUUAAUCCACAAGAUUUAGGCUGGAGCCCGUUCGUGACAAGUUGGAUAGAAACGAGAGAUCACUCCGAACGUGCAAAUCUAUCGAUCCUUUUCGAGAAAUACGUUCCUCCUCUGCUUGAAGUGACCAAGAAUUCCAAAUUUAAAAAGAUCGUUCCCUUACCGGAGAUGUGUCAUCUGGAAAUGCUCUGUCACUUGCUCGAUUGCUUCCUGACGAAGGAAAAUGUGCCGUCGGACUGUCCGAAGGAAUGGUACGAAUUGUACUUCGCAUUCGCCUGUAUCUGGGCGUUCGGCUCCACGAUGUUUCGAGAUCAGCUGAUAGACUGGCGAAACGAAUUCAGCAAGUGGUGGCAAAAUGAAUUCAAAACGGUCAAGUUUCCAUCGGGCGGUACCGUAUUCAAUUACUUUAUAGAACCGGAGACGAAAAGAUUGUUACCCUGGACCGAGAAAGUCACCCCGUUCCAGUUGGACUCGGAUAUCCCACUUCAGUCUGUUUUGGUACCAACGGGGGAAACAGUGCGCUUACGCUUCUUCAUGGAUUUAUUGAUAAAGAAGCGCGUUCCGGUCAUGUUAGUAGGCGGCGCAGGCUCCGGAAAGAGUGUCAUAAUGGCCGAGAAGCUGGCAAGCCUAUCGGACAAUUACAACAUCGCAAAUGUUCCUUUCAACUUUUAUACAACGUCAGACAUGUUGCAGAAAGUACUUGAGAAACAUUUGGAGAAGAAAGCGGGACGUAAUUACGGGCCGCCGGGUACGAAGCUCCUGGUGUAUUUCAUAGACGACAUGAAUAUGCCGGAAGUGGACACUUAUGGCACGGUGCAACCUCAUUCUCUUAUUAGACAACACAUGGAUUACAAUCACUGGUACGAUCGGAUGAAACUGGCUUUGAAAGAGAUUUACAAUACACAGUACGUAUCCUGCAUGAAUCCCACUGCCGGAAGUUUUACCAUAGAUCCACGUUUGCAGAGGCACUUCGCCGUGUUCGCCGUUAGUUUUCCACAAAUCGACGCGCUCGUGACGAUCUACAGUCAGAUCCUCGAGCAGCACGUGAUGGAUCCGCAGAAGAAAUUUCAUCCAGCAGUGCAGAGAUUCACGGGUCCUCUGAUCGACGCCGCGUUGUAUCUGCAUAAUAAAAUCGCCGCGACGUUUCUGCCAACAGUGAUCAAGUUUCACUAUGUCUUCAAUUUACGUGACCUGUCCAAUAUAUUCCAGGUUCACGUGAUCAAGCUUUACGCGCACGAAGCAACGAGGGUAUAUAGUGACAAAUUGGUGACCUUCGAGGACCAGAGAGUGUUCGAUCGGUUGCUGCUCGAGGCGCUUCGCAAAAAUAUACCUGAGCUGGACGAAAAUGAAAUCGGUCUGGGACCGCCGUUGAUAUAUUGCCACUUUGCGGAAGGAAUCGGCGAGCCCAAAUACGCGCCCGUCAAGGAUUGGAAUCAGCUUGUAAAGCUGCUUGAAGACGCUUUAUUCAAUUAUAACGAGCUGGUGUCUGCGAUGAACCUGGUAUUGUUCGAGGAUGCCGUCUAUCACGUUUGUCGCAUCAAUCGAAUAUUGGAAGCGCCAAGAGGCAACGCGCUUCUAGUAGGCGUUGGUGGUAGCGGCAAGCAAUCCUUGUCGCGUCUAGCUUCAUUCGUUUCCUCUUUGGAGGUGUUCCAAAUACAAUUGCGCAAGGGUUACUCGCUGAACGAGCUGAAAGCUGAUUUGGCCGUGCUGUAUCUGAAAGCUGGUGUGAAGAAUAUCGGCACCACCUUCCUGAUGAGCGACUCUCAGGUCGCCGAGGAGAAGUUCCUGGUCGUGGUGAACGAUAUGCUGGCGUCUGGGGAGAUCGCGGAGCUAUUUGCCGACGAUCAAGUGGACAACGUCGUUAACGCCGUGAGAAACGAGGUCAAGCAGAUUGGAGUAAUCGACACCAAGGAGAACUGCUGGAAGUUCUUCAUCGAACGCGUGCGAAGCCAAUUGAGAUGCGUCCUAUGCUUCUCCCCGGUAGGAGCGACUCUGAGAAAAAGAGCCCGGCAGUUCCCCGCGAUAGUAAAUUGCACCGCGAUCGACUGGUUUCAGGACUGGCCGCAGGAGGCCCUGGAAUCCGUGUCGGCAACGUUUCUGCAGGUAAGUACAAGGUCUUUCUUUUUUUUUUCUUUACGAGCAUUUAAUGACUAAUCUGAGAUUUUUCUGUCUUUGCGUUAGGAGUUGAAGGAAUUACCGGAUAAAUAUCAAAGUUCCGUGUCGCUGUUCAUGUCCUUUGCUCACACAAGCGUGAACAACGUGUCCGACAUAUAUUUGCAGAACGAGAGAAGAUACAACUACACAACGCCGAAAUCGUUUCUCGAACAGAUCUCUUUGUAUUCUAAAUUGCUCACGGAUAAAACGUAUGAUUUGAAGGCGAUGAUCUCACGGCUUACCGACGGACUGGAGAAGCUCGAAACCUGUGCCGUUCAAGUCGACGAAUUGAAGAUCGUUUUGACGGCUCAGGAGAUCGAAUUAAAGAAAAAGAACGAGAUAGCCGAUAAGAUACUGGCCGAAGUGCGCACGGAGAACGCAAAAGUGGAGGCGGAGAAGACUAUCGUGACGGAAGAGGAGGCGAAAGUGGCGGAAAUCAAAGAGACCGUGUCGGAAAAUCAGAAACGUUGCGACGAAGACUUGGCUCGUGCGGAGCCGGCGGUGAGACAGGCCGAAGCCGCGCUCGAUACUCUCAACAAGAAUAAUUUGACCGAAUUGAAGUCUUUUGGGACUCCGCCGGAAGCUGUCCUAAUGGUCGCGCAGGCAGUGCUAAUUCUAUUUUCCAAAGGAAACAUUCCAAAAGACAGAAGUUGGAAAACUUGCAGAAUAAUGAUGGGAUCUAUCGAUGGAUUCUUGUCGCAAUUGCGUAAUUAUGAUAAAGAAAACAUACAUCCAGACAUCAUUAAGGCAAUUCAGCCAUAUAUCACCAACAAAGAAUUCGAUCCGGAUUUUGUAUACUCAAAAUCACAUGCGGCAGCGGGGCUCUGUAGCUGGGUGAAAAACAUCAUGGUGUUUCAUUACAUUAACGAGAACGUGAAGCCUUUAAGAGCCGCGCUCGCUCAAGCAAACGCCGAGCUGAAGGCCGCCAUGGACAAGUUGAAUUCAUUGAGGAACCGUUUAGCGGAGCUGCAAAAGAUGUUGGAUAUUCUGAGUGAAAAGAUGAGCGUAGCUUUGGCCGCGAAACAGAAGUGCCAGGACGAAGCGGAAGCGACUGCGUUCAAGUUGGAUUUAGCGAACCGAUUGGUAAAUGGCCUCGCAUCCGAGAACGUUCGUUGGGCCGAAACCGUGCAAAUAUUAAAGAAAUCCGGGAUUACCCUACCGGGCAACGUGCUGCUUGUCACCGCAUUUAUUUCUUACAUGGGAUACUUUACGAGGAAAUAUAGAGUGGACCUCAUGAAUUCGUAUUGGCUACCGUUCCUCGACAAUUUGUCGACGCCAAUACCGCGCACUCCAGAUUUCGAUCCGCUAAUGUCCUCAGAAAACGCCACGAUCCUCACAAACUCGUCCAGGUGGCCGUUGAUGAUCGAUCCACAAUUACAAGGGAUCAAAUGGAUCAAGAACAAAUACGGUGAUGACUUGGUAGUCUUACGCCUAGCUCAAAAGAAUUAUCUCGACAGAAUCGAACGUGCAAUCGUCAAUGGCGAAGUAGUACUGUUGGAGAGCAUUACGGAGACAAUCGAUGCCGUCCUUGAACCGAUCCUAGGCCGCGUCUUGAUCAAAAGAGGAAGGGCCAUCAAGGUGGGAGACAAAGAAAUCGACUACGAUCCGCGCUUCCGGCUGAUCUUGCAAACGAAAUUAGCGAAUCCUCAUUAUAAACCAGAGAUACAAGCUCAGACGACACUCAUCAAUUUCACGGUGACGAAAGACGGCUUGGAGGAGCAGCUAUUAGGUGCCGUCGUGAGAGCGGAGCGUCCGGAUUUAGAAUCGAGCAAAGCCGAGCUCACCACCCAGCAGAACACCUUCAAAAUCAUGCUGAAAGCGUUGGAGGACGAUUUGGUGCACAGAUUGGCGUCGGCGGGUCCAGAUAUUCUGAGCGACGUUGUUCUCGUGGAGAACCUGGAAACAACGAAGAAGACCGCCGCAGAGAUCGAGACGAAGGUGAUCGAGGCGAAGGUGACCGCCGCCAAGAUAGACGAGGCGCGCGAGUCCUACCGGUCGGUGGCGUCCAGAGCCAGCCUCCUGUACUUCAUCCUUAACGAUCUCAACAAGAUCAACAUGCUGUACCAAUUUUCUCUCAAGGCGUUCAGCACGGUCUUCCAGAAUGCCAUUAAAUUCGCAGAGUCGGCGGACACUCUCGGUAAACGCGUCGCCAGUUUGAUCGACAGCGUCACGUACCUUGUAUUCACGUAUACCAGCAGAGGAUUGUUCGAGAGCGACAAGCUCAUAUUUCUGUGCCAACUGACAUUUCAGAUUCUGUUGCAAACGCAAGAGAUCGAUCAAAUCGAACUGGACUUUCUCUUACGAUUUCCUCAUUUACCGGAUCUCACGAGCCCGGUGGACUUUCUGAGCAACGUUAGCUGGGGCGGCAUCAAGUAUUUGAGUGGAAUGGAACAUUUUCACAGUUUAGACCGCGACAUAGAGGGGGCUGCGAAGAGAUGGAAGAAAUUCGUCGAGUCGGAAACACCGGAGAGAGAAAAAUUCCCGCAAGAAUGGAAAAAUAAACCGGCUUUCCAAAGACUGUGCAUAAUGAGAUGCGUGAGGCUGGAUCGAAUGGUUUACGCCAUACGGUGCUUCGUGGAUGAGAAACUGAGUACGAAGUUCAUACGAUUCCGAACGCAACCUUUCGAAAAAUCCUACGAAGAGAUGUGCGCGAGCACGCCGGUAUUUUUCAUCCUCUCUCCAGGAGUCGACCCUCUGAAAGAUGUAGAGAAGCUCGGUAAGCAGCUUGGCUUCACGUUCGUCGCGCAAACUUUGCACAACGUAUCGCUGGGACAAGGUCAAGAACCAGUCGCGGAAGAGACGAUGGACCUCUCGGCGCGCGAGGGUCACUGGGUUAUCCUGCAGAACGUUCAUCUGGUGAAGAACUGGUUGCCGAAUCUGGAGAAGAAGAUGGAACAGCUCUCGGAGGAGCCGCACGAGGAUUAUCGUCUUUACAUUAGCGCGGAACCGAGUCCAGACCCUCACGAGUCGAUAAUACCGCAGGGUAUACUAGAAUCGGCCAUAAAGAUCACCAACGAACCGCCGACGGGUAUGCGCGCCAAUAUCCACAAAGCCCUGGACAACUUUAGUCAGGACACGCUGGAGUCUUGCGCCAAGGAGACCGAGUUCAAAGCGAUCCUCUUCACGCUUUGUUACUAUCACGCCGCUGUAGCCGAGCGUAGGAAAUUCGGGGCGCAAGGGUGGAACAGGUCGUACCCUUUCAAUGUCGGCGAUUUGACCAUCAGCGCAUCGGUAUUGUUAAAUUAUCUCGAGGGCAAUACCAAGGUACCUUGGGAGGAUCUGCGUUACUUGUUCGGCGAAAUAAUGUAUGGCGGUCACAUAACUGACGAUUGGGACAGAAGAUUGUGUCGAACAUACCUCCUUGAAUACCUCCAGCCGGAACUGAUCGAGGGUGAGCUGUACCUGGCUCCAGGUUUUCUGGUGCCACCCAGUAGCGAUUACGCGGGCUAUCAUCAAUACGUGGAGGAUUAUUUGCCGACGGAGAGCCCCGUCUUGUACGGGCUUCACGCGAACGCAGAGAUCGGUGAGUUUAUCGAUCAACUAGAUUCUUGUAAAGGAAAGUAAAACGAAACUCGUCGAGUUUGUCACACAAAAUUCUUAAAAAGGCACAACAAUCACGAAGAAAAUUUAAUCCUCGCUUAAUUUGCUCGCUGCACAUUAAAUUCACGUUGUGAAUUAUCAAUCUCGUUAUAUUAUUACGCUUAUCAGGCUUCCUCACGAACACGGCAGAGGAUUUA